CUAGCUGCAGCUUGAAAAGGGGGUGGGGCUACUAGCUGCAGCUAAAGAUCAGAGGUCACAUUUUUGCAAACAAAAAGACUGAAAAAUGGCUGCUCUCACAAGGAUUGCUUGUCUUGGACUACAGAGGCAGGCCUCCAUCACCAGGCUCUUCUCUACUUCUCCUGGAGUGUCCUCGGGAUUAAGUUUUGAGCUGACUCCAGAACAGAAUGAGUACCAGCAGAUGGCUCGAAAGUUUGCAAAAGAAGUCAUAAUCCCGGCAGCCCCCCACUAUGAUCAGACUGGAGAGUACCCGUGGGAUAUUGUGAAGCAGGCGUGGGAGCUGGGGCUGAUGAACACAGGCGUGUCCCCCGAGUGUGGGGGGCUCGGUCUCGGGAUACUAGACGAUUGCAUCAUCGCUGAGGAACUGGCCUAUGGCUGCACUGGAAUUAUGACAGCUAUGUCGGCCAAUGGCCUUGCAUGUGCUCCAGUUUCUGUAGCAGGAAAUACGAAACAGAAAAAGAAGUAUUUUGGCAGACUAACGGAGGCACCCAUCAUGGCUGCGUACUGUGUGACUGAGCCAGGGGCAGGGUCUGAUGUGAACGGCCUUAAAACAAAGGCAGUAAAGAAAGGAAACGACUGGGUGAUCAAUGGCAACAAGAUGUGGAUCACCAAUGGAGGAGUGGCUAACUGGUACUUUGUGCUGGCCAGGACAGCUGAGGCUGGUGUACCUGCCAGCCAGGCCUUCACUGGGUUCAUUGUGGACGCUGACUUGCCGGGAGUGACUCCAGGGCGUAAGGAAUGGAUGAUGGGACAGCGGGCAUCCAACACGGUCGGUGUUACUUUCGAGGACGUCGUGGUACCACAAGAGAAUGUACUUGGUGAGCCAGGGAAGGGCUUCCUCUAUGCAAUGGCUGCCUUCGACAGGACACGCCCCGGGGUAGCGGCAGGAGCGGUGGGGUUGGCUAAGAGGGCAUUGGAUGAAUCCACUAAAUAUUCACUCGAGCGUAAAACUUUUGACACGCCCAUUAUCAACCAUCAAGCCGUGGGAUUCAUGCUUGCUGACAUGGCAAUCGGCCUAGAAACUUCUCGGCUCAUAACGUAUAAGUCUGCCCUGGAGAUUGACGAGGGACGAAGGAACACUUACUACGCCUCCAUUGCCAAGGCCUACGCAUCCGAGGUGGCCAAUAAGUCAGCUGCUGAUGCUGUACAGAUAUUUGGAGGGAACGGGUACAACAGAGAGUACCCCGUGGAGAAGCUCAUGAGAGAUGCCAAGAUAUUCAUGAUCUACGAGGGUACGUCCCAGACCCAGCGAAUUGUCAUCUCACGAUUCAUUGCUGAGGCUGCCAAGAAAAUGCAGGCCUAGCUAGCUAUAUAACGAGUCCAACUGAACUAUCUGUUUUUGCGUUACUACCCUUAUACCAAAUUAUUGUGUAUGGCUAUGAACAUUUGUCUUUUAUAUCAUGCCGAUCAAGAUUAUAUAAUUUUGUAGCGUUAUAGUUAUAAUGAACCUACAUGUAUUAUUAGAAAA